CCCGGAGAGUACUGACUUUCCAUCGCACCAAAUGGUCACUACUACCUCAACUGCAGCAGAGCAAAAGAAACGUUACAACAACCUACCCUUACGCGCCAUUCCUUCCACUGCACUGCAUUCGCGAGCUACCUGUGCUCCAACUGUAUCUAGGGCUACUGGCUAGACAGUUGAGAUGCUUGCAGUAUCGCCGGUAAGGUGUGCCGAUGCGGACGAGUGUGGCGGAGGCGCCGGCAUGGAGAUGGAGGAGAUUGGGCCUGUGUCGGACCUGGAUUUCGACUUCACGGUCGAUGACAUAGACUUCGGGGACUUCUUCCUCAGGCUAGAAGACGGAGAUGCGCUGCCUGACCUUGAGGUCGACCCUGCCGAGAUCUUCACCGACUUUGAGGCGAUCGCCACCGGCAGCGAUGGUGUCAUGGACCAGGAGGUGCCCAGUGUCCAGCCCUUAACAGAUGCGGUUCACUUAGAUGCACUAGAUCCAUGCAGUGUUGUUCUUGGCGAGGACAAUACGACGCGUGCGGAUGUGGAAGAAGGGAAAGGAGAGUGCAACCAUGCUGAGGAGGUGGUACCCGGGAAUGGUGACUUUGGGGGCGGCGGUGGAACAGUCUUGGCUGAGGAGAAGUCGCCGUCUUCGACGACAUCGUCAUCGCAGGAGGCUGAGAGCCGGCACAAGUCGUCCAGCAAGCACUCUCAUGGGAAGAAGAAAGCAAAGGUGGAUUGGACACCGGAGCUUCACCGGAGAUUUGUUCAAGCGGUAGAGCAGCUGGGCAUUGACAAGGCAGUGCCGUCCAGGAUACUCGAGAUCAUGGGGAUCGACUCCCUCACGCGGCAUAAUAUAGCAAGUCAUUUACAGAAGUACCGGUCUCACAGGAAGCAUAUGCUUGCAAGAGAGGCGGAGGCAGCGAGCUGGACCCAGCGGCGGCAGAUGUACGCUGCCGGGGGAGCCUCCACCGCCGUGAAGAGACCCGAUUCCAACGCAUGGACCGUGCCGACCAUCGGCUUCCCUCCGCCACCGCCGCCUCCUCCUCCUCCUCAUCCCAUGCAGCACUUCGGAAGGCCGUUGCACGUCUGGGGCCACCCUACCCCAGGGGUAGAGUCGCCCCGCGUGCCAAUGUGGCCACGGCACCUCGUCCCUCGCGCUCCAACGCCGCCGUGGGCUCCUCCUCCGCCGUCUGACCCGGCGUUCUGGCACCACCCUUACAUGAGGGGGCCUGCGCAGAUGCCGGGUCAGAUGGCUCCCUGCAUGGCAGUGCCAAUGCCAGCAGCGCGAUUUCCUGCUCCACCGGUGAGGGGUGUUUUGCCUUGUCCACCUCCAAUGUACAGACCUCUCGUUCCUCCAGUACUAGCAAACAAGAGUCAACAAGAUGCGCAGCUCCAGCUACAGACACAGCCAUCAAGUGAGAGCAUAGAUGCAGCGAUAGGUGAUGUUUUAUCGAAACCAUGGCUGCCACUGCCCCUUGGCCUGAAGCCACCUUCAGUAGACAGUGUCAUGGACGAGUUGCAGAGGCAAGGUGUAGCAGAUGUACCUCCAGCUUGUGGAUGAUCUGGGAGAUGGAUGAAUACUCCAUAGCUGCUCGUCCCCUCAGUCCAACAAAAAGAAUUCGUCGACAUGCCUUUUUUUUCAUUUUCACCAACCAUCUACGGACCACUCUCUUAACUCGUGCAGGGUUAGAAAAAAAGUCUACCCUCAAGAGAAAUUAACCUGAGUGCAUCCAUGUACGAUGUGCUGUUUGUCAGAAUAAUGAAAUCUUCGCCCGGAUCAUCUGUACCUCAGAUUUUAAAGUUUUCUUUUCGCUAGUAAAAUGUCCGUGAAAUGCUACAAA